UUGGCUAAACUUUGGGUCGAGUCGCGAUAUUUUGUAUACGAUCUAUACAUUGUACAGCUUUGUCUUGUAAAAUUACGAAAGUAUUAAUUUGAUUAUUUUGCGCGCUCUAGUGCUUUACUGCUGCUUGUGAUAGACACCGACUUGUAAUCAUGGUUAGCUUAAAAUAUAGCUCGUCGUUAUGAUUCUCGAACAACCAUUUUUUCGCCCGAGGGUCGCCUUUAUCAGGUGGAGUAUGCUAUGGAAGCUAUAUCUCACGCCGGCACAUCGCUGGGUAUCUUAGCAAAAGAUGGCAUUUUACUGGCAGCGGAAAGACGGAAUACCAAUAAGCUAUUGGACAGUGUCAUUUUCUCCGAAAAAAUAUAUAAACUCAAUGAUGACAUGGUAUGUUCGGUAGCAGGUAUUACUUCGGAUGCGAAUGUAUUAACCAAUCUGCUGCGUGUCAUUGCUCAGCGCUAUCAGUUAAAUUACGGUGAGGCUAUGCCUUGUGAACAGUUGGUGUCGCAUUUAUGCGACGUAAAACAGGCCUACACACAGUACGGCGGAAAGCGUCCGUUUGGAGUAUCCAUCUUAUAUAUGGGAUGGGACAAACAUUACGGUUAUCAACUGUACCAGUCUGAUCCAAGUGGUAAUUACGGUGGAUGGAAGGCCACUUGCAUUGGGAACAAUUCCGCUGCUGCCGUGUCAGCACUUAAACAAGAACUUGGAGACAACGAGAUUACUUUAGCUCAAGCGCAAGAUCUUUCGGUAAAAGUGCUUUCAAAGACGCUUGAUAUGACAAAGCUAACAUCAGAAAAAAUUGAGAUGGCUGUAUUGACAAGAGAAAACAACAAAACGGUUAUCAAAAUUUUAACAAGUACGGAAGUUGACGCUUUGAUUGCAAAGUACGAAAAGGCAGAAGCCGAGGCUGAAGCAGCUAAAAAAGAGAAGUUAGCUCAAAAGGGGGACAAGUAAGGCGUGGAUGCAAGUUCUAAUCAUAUUAUUUGGGAUAAAAUAAUAGUAUAGAUAUUCAUAAGCAAA